AUGAGCGAGGACGGCUCUGGAGUCUUGGAGGGUGUUUUCGUGCCAGCCAUACACAAACCCUCCGGCAUAACCUCCGGCCAAUGUCUGCUACACCUUCAAAACGUCUUCUCAAGGUCCACCCUCUUCGCCCCCCUCCUCGCCUCCACACGUCAAAAAAGGAUUGACCAAGCCUCUUUCCUCCCUUCCAACCAAAAGAAUAAAGCCGACGAUGAAGAAGCCAACGGCCGCUUCUUCCGCAUGGGUCACGGCGGCACCCUCGACCCUCUUGCAUCUGGCAUCCUGAUCAUUGGUAUCGGUAGAGGCACGAGAGCAUUGCAAAACUACCUUGGCUGCACGAAGACGUACGAGACUGUCGUGUUAUUUGGGAAGAGCACAGAUACGUAUGAUGUAGACGGGGAAGUCGUUGCAGAGAAAACCUGCGCACAUAUGAAUGAGGCCUUGGUAAGGGAGAAAUUGGCCGCGGUCAGGGGGAAAUUUCGCCAGGUGCCGCCGCUGUACUCAGCGCUCAAGAUCGAUGGAGUGAAAGCUUGCGACUAUGUGAGGGCGGGAAAAGAGUUACCGAGAGAGUUGGAAGCUAGGGAGGUAUGUGUCGAUGAGUGUGAAGUGCUGGAAUGGUGGAAUGACGCGAAGCAUGACUUUAGAUGGCCGGGCGAGAGCACUGCUACGGCAGCACCUGCUGUCAAGGUACGGCUCACCGUGAGUUCUGGCUUCUACGUGAGGAGCUUUGCGUACGAUCUAGGAACGACAUGUGGGAGCCUGGCGACAUUGGACGAGUUGGUCAGGACGAGGCAAGCGAAUUUCGCAAUACGUGAUAGGAUUAGUGCGGAAGAGACCUUACCGGCUGUAACGUACGCGGAUCUUGACGCUGGCGAAGACGUGUGGGGACCUGUUGUCAAACAUCAACUCAGGACGUGGAUUGCACAAAAUCCACCACCAGCAGCGCAGACACACGUCAAUGGCCGCGACCCCGGUACAAAGAAGCGCUUGAGCGAAGAGGAAAAGGUGAAGACAAGGCAAAGAUUUCGAGGAGAGUGGGUCGGUACUUCGAGGAAAGAGCGGAGGAGACAACAAAAGGCGGCAAAAGCAUGCAUGAAUGGGCAAAAUGAUGCUGCAUCGUGA